AUGCGAACGUUGUGGUGCUACUGGAUCGACAGACACCUGGCGCGUAUAGAGCAACAGUAUAGUAGUUGGGCCACAACUGCGAAGACAAACCUCCAGAACGUGAACCAAAUCCCUGGUGUUAGCCAGCAGGAAAGCACGGAUGCCAACACUUCCGUCACUCAAUUCAUGAAUAAUGGUGGUGGCGCCAGUGCUACCGACACGACGUUCCCAAAGAACCCGGCUGCCGUACAGGGCCAGGCCAGCGUCCCCCAGUCCCAUUUCAACCACCUACCCUCUAUCUUUCAAACAUGGCGAGAACAGCUCAGAUUGUCACGGGAUCCAUCCGACCAACCUAGACGAUGGAUCCAACGGGAAUAUGCCGACCAUGAAGGCAACACUGUCAUUCUGGGGAAGGUGGCCGCCGCCAACGAAAGCCAGUUCUAUAGGCCGGAGGACGGUGAAGCUUACCGACUUCAAGUACACAGCACGACUCCCAUCCAGCCGGAGGAGCUCAACAAGUUGUAUCAAUAUUUCUGCUUUGACCUCAGCAAGCUUCCCUUUUUGGAAAUUUAUUCAUACAACCCACCGGAUGGUCUGGCUUGCGUGGAGCAUCAGCGUCGUGAAGUUGCCCAUCGCAAGCGUCUCCAAGCCGAACAGCGUGAAGGCGAAUAUGACCAGCCUCUUCCACCUUUGAUUCCAACCAUGCGAACUGGCUUCAAUGAUCAGUUCAUGUCCGGAUUCUGCUUCCUUCUCACGUCGAAGAGCUACCUCUAA